GCCACAAGAAGUCAGAAUUUCGCGUUUAAAGAACUUUAUUAAAAACUUAAACAUGUCCAUACCGCAAAAGCACUUUAAGAAAGGCUCCAGCAAACCGCAGCUGCCCGAGGAUGGGGUGUUGCGUGUCUACUCGAUGAGAUUCUGUCCCUUCAGCCAGCGGGUACACCUCAUUCUCGACGCCAAGGCAAUUCCCCAUCACAAAAUCUACAUCGAUUUGAUUGACAAGCCCGAAUGGUACAAGGACUGCAGUCCCCUGGGCAAGGUGCCCGCCCUGCAGCUGCCGGAUGUCAAGGAGCAGCCCACACUUGUGGAAUCGCUCAUCAUUGCCGAAUAUCUGGAUGAGCAGUAUCCCGAGUUGCGGCUCUAUCCCACUGAACCGCUGCAAAAGGCACAGGACAAGAUUCUGAUUGAACGCUUUGCCCCGGUGGUCAGUGCCGUGUAUCCAGUGCUCACCUGCAAUCCCAAUGCUCCCAAAAAUGCCCUCACGAACUUUGAAACUGCCUUGGAUGUGUUCGAGCAAGAGCUGGCCAAGCGAGGAAGUCCCUACUUUGCUGGACAGACAAUUGGCAUUGUGGACUACAUGAUCUGGCCCUGGUUCGAGCGCUUUCCCAGCCUAAAGCUGACCACGGAACAGAAGUAUGAGCUGGAUGCCCAGCGCUUUGGUCUCUUGCUCAAGUGGCGUGAUCUGGUGGCUCAGGAUGAGGCUGUUCGGAAGACCGCUCUGCCUGCCCAAGUGCACGCAGAGUUUCAGGGCUCAAAGCGACUGGGCAAGCCGCAGUACGACAUAGCUUUUAGGGCUUAACGGGCCUCCUGCGUCUGUGCUUUAUUCAUUCCAAGCUAAAAUCAAAUAUACUGCAUUCAAUUAGA